GCCAGAUCCCAUCGGGUCAGACCACCCUCAAGUGGUAUAGCAUCGUCAUCCCGUUCCUCGUCGAUAACACCAUCAAUGAGAUCACAUCAUGUUCAGCCACGAACAACCAUCCCCAACUCGGUCACAACGCAGUUCCCUAUCGGACAAGGCUAAAGACAGCCAGGAUGAUGGGGAACAAAUCGCCCCCGGACUCAGUAAUGGCACCGGUGUAGAGGCCCGGCCCGACGGCAAACGCGAAUUGAAAGAAAACGACUGCUAUGAUAAACUGGCCUACUGCUGGCCCCGAUGGAAGCGAUGGAUGUAUCUGGCCGCCAUUGCGGGGGUCCAGGUUUCCAUGAACUUCAACACCUCCGUCUUCCCUAAUGCGGUCAAGCCGCUGUCGGAGGCGUUCCACAUCGGCGAACAAGAGGCCCGCACCGGUCAGAUGAUCUAUCUGAUCACUUACUCCAUCGGGUGUGAAUUGUGGGCACCAUGGAGUGAGGAAUUCGGUCGUUGGCCUAUCCUGCAGCUCUCCAUGUUCUUGAUCAACAUCUGGCAAAUUCCAUGUGCCUUGGCGCCAAACUGGGGCACCAUUGUAGUGUGCCGUGGAUUGGGUGGAAUUUCAACCGCAGGCGGUAGUGUCACCCUGGGUCUGAUUGCAGACCUGUACGAACCUGAAAACCAACAAUUCCCCCUCGCUUUCAUCGUGCUAUCCUCUUGCAUCGGUACCAGCAUCGGUGGAGUAAUCGGUGGACCAAUUGAGCGCUACCUCGCUUGGCAAUGGUUCUUCUGGAUCAUGCUCAUCUUCGGCGUCAUCGUGCAAAUCAUCAUCUUCUUCAUGCCGGAAAGCCGCUCUACGAUCCUCAUCGACCGAGAAGCCAAACGCCGACGCGAAACCGGCGAAGACCCCAACGUCUAUGGCCCCAACGAGCUCAAACACCCCCGCAUCUCCCUCAAAGAAGCCGGCAAGAUCUGGAUCCGUCCGUUCUACAUGUUCCUCCGCGAACCCAUCGUCCUCUGCCUCUCCCUCCUCUCCGGCUUCUCCGACUCCCUCAUCUUCACCUUCCUCGAGAGCUUCUCCAUCGUCUACGAAGAAGGCUGGGGCUUUGGUAUCCUCGGCCAAGCCUGGGCCGUCAUCCCCAUCAACGUCGGCUACGUCAUCGCCUACUUCUCCUACUUUCCCUGGUUCUGGCGCGACGAACACAUCCGCCAAACCCGCGGCGACGAUGCCCUCCCCGCCGAGCGUCGUCUCAAAUGGCUUCUCCUCCUCGCCUUGUUCGAACCAAUCGGCCUCUUCGGCUUCGCGUGGACCUCCCUCGGUCAAGCCUACGGCGUGCCCUGGAUCGCAUCCAUGAUCUUCUCCACCAUGGUCGGCAUCGCCAACUACGCCAUCUACCUCAGUUCCGUGGAUUACAUGGUCGCCGCGUACGGCGUGUACUCUGCGUCCGCGACGGGCGGCAACGCCUUCUGCCGAGACCUGUUGGCCGGGAUUGCGGCCAUGUACACCACCCCGAUGUACACGAAUAUCGGGAGUCAAUGGCACGUGGAAUAUGCGACGACGAUUCUGGCGUGUCUGUCGUGUUUGGUCGUCAUCCCGAUCUAUAUCUUCUAUUGGAAGGGGCCGCAGAUUCGCGAGCGGAGUAAGUUUGCGCAGACGUUGGCGUCGGAUCGGAAGGCCAAUAUGGGCAGGCGAGUUAGUAAGGAGGAUGCGGCGCCGUAGAUAGUCUGAUUACCACACUUCGAACGCAUUGUGCGGGUGGGAUAUUGUACAUUGGGUGCAUUGUAUAUAUAUUAUGUUUUAGAUGAUGAUAGAUAUGACUUACGAUUUCAAUCCUGG